UUGCCACAAAAUUCCUGACUAGGCACACGUAUAUAUAUGAUCCACCUCGUUUGGACGAGAAGUCAUCCACAUUGUCUUCGACACAACAACCACAAACCAAAAAAUCCCCCAAAGCUGAAAAGCUACUCUACCCAUUCGAACUUGCCUUAACAGCUGUAUUAGUCCCAUACGUAUUUCUUACCAUGUCUCAGCCAGAAGCCCAACAGAAAAAAGAACAGAAGCAAGAUCAGGCUCCCCCUACUCCUCAUGAGGAUGAAAAUCAGCCUGACGACAAUGAUAACCAAUCUGAAAACAACGACCAGCCUCCAAAAGAGCCUCAGCCCGAACCCCAACGACAAAAAAAGAAGAAACCACAGGGUCGCGGCGGCAAAGGUCCUCUUCCGGACGUAAAAGAAGCUACUAAGCCCGUCCAGAAUGGCACCGAUACCGCCGAGGGUGCCCUGAGUGGGGCUGGCGAUACUGCUCAAGGUGCCGUCGGUGGAGCGACGGACGGCGCCACAGACCAAGCUUUGGGGCCUCUUAAAUCUCGACGUAAGCCUCUUCCUAAUGAGCUUGCCGACACUGCCCCCGAAGACCAGCCUGGCGGUGGUAAGGACAAGGAAGAGAAGGGCAGUUUGAGGAUCAACAUCUCUCUGGAUUUGGAUGUCGAGGUUCAUUUGACAGCGAGGAUUAAGGGUGACAUUACUAUUGGCCUGCUAUAAGCCUUUUAAUAGGAGUGGAGAUAUGAUCAGAAGCCGUGAGGAGUAAUGUGUAGCGAUCUAAUAAUUUUAGUUGUCUUGCCCAUAGAAGCUGUUUAAAGCGCAUGUAGCAUACUUCUUGCCGCUUUCGCCCAUGCAUGACCAUCAUCCUU